GGAAAGCAGAGGGAGCGGUCCUCUGUCAACACUAAUCUAAUAGAAAAACCGCUGUAUUCGGGAGAGAUAUUCCUCCGAUUUUGGUUCUUAUCUGUCACACAUUCCAAAUGAUGUUUCUUUAAUUUAUCAAAAUCAGUGAUAUAUUGCGACUUAUACAGAUUUUGUAUAUUAUUUGUCUCCACGGAACAUUAGUAUGGACCACCAAACGGAAAUCAUUUUCACCAUCCUGGGGAUCCUUUUCAUUCAUGGUUUAAUUUUUUAUCUCGUAUCGAGAAAGUCUCGCGCCAAUAUCCGCGGCAAGCAUGUGAUUGUCACUGGGGGUUCGAGUGGGAUCGGUCUCUGGGCGGCAAUUGAAUGCGUCAAGUUGGGUGCCAAUGUCACCAUCGUGGCACGCAACGUGAAGCAGCUUGAAAAAAGUAAGGAACAGCUGCUAGCGUUAAAAAUCCGUGAAGAUCAGAAAAUUGAAUACCGCUCAAUUGACUUGUGCAGUAGUUAUGGAGCGGUGGAAAAGGCGUUUCAGGAGAUAGAGGAAACAGUCGGUUCGAUUUACAUGCUCGUCAACUGCGCCGGCAUGGCAAUAUGUGGAACGAUAGAAGAUACAUCCAUUGAAGAUACCAAGCUGAUGAUGGAUGUCAAUUAUUUUGCCACUCUUUAUCCGACGCGCUUUGUCCUGCCAAAAAUGAAGGCUACUAAGGAGGGAAUCAUAGUCAUCACAGCUUCCCAGGCGGCACUGGUUGGGCUGUACGGGUAUGGAGCGUAUGCUGCUUCUAAGUUUGCCCUCCGUGGGCUUGCCGAGACCAUCGCUAUGGAGACGAAACAUCACGGAGUCAGUGUGACACUAGCGCUACCAGCGGACACCGAUACGCCGGGUUUUGAGCGGGAGAAUAAAACCAAACCAGAGGAAACGAAAAUCAUAUCCGGAUCGGGUGGUUUGGCCAAACCGGAGGAAGUAGGGCGAAAAAUCGUUCACGAUGCACUCAAAGGGUCGUUCUUUUCAGUUCUUGGCCUGGAGAGUUGGGUUUUGAGCACUCUCUGCGUUGGAAUGUCUCCCUGGAGCGGACCGGUGCUGUGCAUUUUGCAGUUUUAUUUGCUUGGACCGUUGCGGUUGAUCGGACUCCUGAUCCAGUGGAACUUCCAAAGAAUUAUACGAAAUUGUGCCAAAGAGAAAGAACGAUCCACUGACAAAUGAAGCAAUUCCAUGAAAAACAUUCAUCACUACAUAUUUAAUUAAAUAAGCCAAAAUUAUUAGAUCCACUCGCUGUAAUUAAAAUCAAUUUACUGAUA